GGGGCGGGGCGGCGGCGCGGGUUUAAUGAGACUCCAUUGGGCUGUAAUCAGUGUCAUGUCGGAUUCAUGUCAACGACAACAACGGGGGGACACAAAAUGGCGGCCGUCUAGCUCCGGCCCCCGGCGACGGCGGCGGCGGCACCUCCCCGGGGAAGGACCGGCGGCGGCGGCGGCUCCUCUCCUAGCUGGCGGCGCGCGACCAGAUUUACCUGAAGAUCUGGAGAAUCUCCUACUUGGCUAGGAUCUGGGCAGACAUCUUCCACUGCAUCUGGUCUCGUUUGCCUUCCCGAUUAAAGAUGUCCCUCACCUGAGCGCAGUUUUUCCCAGUUGACGAGACCAGAAGGAUUUCAACACAGCAGUACCCCCGUCACCUUUCUCAUAUUUAAGGAUGGAUGUUUGUGAGGUGUUCCUGAACAGAGCUUGGAAAUCUCUGGUGGUUUUUUAAAAGCGUGACUGACUUCUGCAGAUGCAGGUGAUGUUCAGAUCUAAGGAGAAUAUCUAUGGGUAACUCUUGGCUGGAAGACAUCAUUAGUCAACCAUGGUAAAACUUGCCAACCCACUUUACACAGAGUGGAUUCUUGAAGCUAUACAAAAGGUCAAAAAGCAGAAGCAGAGGCCAUCCGAAGAAAGAAUCUGCCAUGCAGUCUGUGCUUCCCAUGGAUUAGAUAAGAAGACGGUCUCUGAGCAGUUGGAGCUGAGCGUUCAAGAUGGCUCUGUUCUCAAAGUUACCAACAAAGGCCUCGCGUCCUAUAAGGACCCAGACAAUCCUGGGCGUUUUUCUUUGGUUAAACCAGGCACUUUUCCCAAAUCAGCUAAGGGGGCCAGGGGGUCAUGUAAUGAUCUGCGCAACGUGGAUUGGAAUAAACUUUUAAGAAGAGCAAUCGAAGGGCUCCAGGAACCAAAUGGCUCCUCCCUGAAGAAUAUUGAGAAGUAUCUCCGCAGUCAAAGCGAUCUGUCGAGCACUACCAACAACCCCGUAUUUCAGCAACGAUUACGACUGGGGGCCAAACGUGCUGUAAAUAAUGGGAGGUUACUGAAAGAUGGACCUCAAUAUAGGGUGAAUUAUGGUAGUUUAGAAGGCAAAGGAGCCUCAAAAUAUUCCAGUGCUUUCCCAUCCUCUCUACCACCUGUCAGCCUUCUACCCCAUGAGAGAGACCAGCCUCGAGCUGAUCCCAUUCCAAUAUGUAGCUUCUGUUUGGGGACUAAAGAAUCAAAUCGUGAGAAAAAACCAGAAGAACUCCUUUCUUGUGCAGACUGUGGCAGUAGUGGACAUCCGUCAUGUUUAAAAUUCUGUCCUGAGUUAACAACAAAUGUAAAAGCCUUACGAUGGCAGUGUAUUGAAUGCAAGACAUGCAGCGCAUGUAGAAUCCAAGGCAAAAAUGCAGAAAAUAUGCUUUUUUGUGAUUCUUGUGAUAGAGGGUUCCAUAUGGAGUGUUGUGACCCACCGCUUUCCAGAAUGCCCAAAGGAAUGUGGAUUUGCCAAGUCUGCAGACCAAAGAAAAAGGGAAGAAAACUGCUUCAUGAGAAAGCUGCACAAAUAAAACGACGAUAUGCAAAACCUAUUGGACGACCGAAAAAUAAACUAAAGCAACGAAUGUUGUCUGUAACCAGUGAUGAAGGAUCCAUGAAUGCAUUCACAGGAAGGGGGUCACCUGGUAGGGGUCAAAAGACUAAAGUCUGUACCACACCUUCAUCUGGUCAUGCUGCAUCUGGGAAGGACUCGAGCAGCAGAUUGGCUGUCACAGACCCCUCUCGGCCUGGUGCCACCACCAAAAUCACCACCACCUCCACCUACAUAUCUGCCUCUACACUUAAAGUUAACAAGAAAACCAAAGGGCUCAUUGAUGGCCUGACUAAGUUUUUCACACCAUCCCCUGAUGGUCGCAGAUCACGAGGUGAAAUAAUAGACUUUUCAAAGCACUAUCGUCCAAGGAAAAAGGUCUCUCAGAAACAGUCAUGCACUUCUCAUGUGUUGGCUCCAGAUACUGAAAUCAAAAUAAACAUCAAACAAGAAAGCGCAGAUGUAAAUGUGGUUGGAAGCCAGGACAUCGUUUCAGAAGAGGAUUUGGAUGUCUUUAAACAGGCACAGGAACUCUCUCUAGAGAAAAUAGGAUGUAAGAGUGGUGUGGAGUCAAAUGGACGGUACCCUUCAGUAAUAGAAUUUGGAAAGUUUGAAAUCCAGACCUGGUACUCUUCGCCAUACCCACAGGAAUAUGCAAGAUUACCAAAGCUUUACCUGUGUGAAUUCUGUCUGAAGUAUAUGAAAAGUAAAAACAUUUUGCUAAGACAUUCAAAGAAGUGUGGAUGGUUUCAUCCUCCAGCAAAUGAAAUCUACAGGAGGAAUGACAUUUCAGUAUUUGAGGUUGAUGGAAAUGUGAGCAAAAUUUAUUGCCAAAACCUUUGUUUGCUAGCCAAGCUCUUCCUGGACCACAAAACAUUAUAUUAUGAUGUUGAGCCGUUCCUUUUUUAUGUUCUUACAAAAAAUGACGAGAAGGGCUGUCAUCUGGUUGGAUACUUCUCUAAGGAAAAGCUUUGCCAGCAGAAGUACAAUGUCUCCUGCAUAAUGAUUAUGCCCCAAUACCAAAGGCAAGGAUUUGGAAGGUUUCUCAUUGAUUUCAGUUAUUUGCUUUCUAGAAGAGAAGGACAAGCAGGAUCUCCUGAAAAGCCCCUUUCUGAUCUGGGUCGUCUCUCAUAUCUGGCCUACUGGAAGAGCGUCAUAUUAGAAUACCUCUAUCACCACCACGAGAAACACAUCAGCAUCAAGGGGAUCAGCCGGGCUACUGGCAUGUGUCCUCAUGAUAUUGCCACAACUCUGCAGCAUCUCAGUAUGAUUGACAAGAGAGAAGAAAAAUUUGUAAUCAUUAGAAGGGAGAAGCUGAUAUCCGGCCAUAUGGAGAAGCUGAAAACUAAUGCCCGCAUUAACGAACUUGACCCUGAGAGUCUAAGGUGGAUGCCAUUGUUGGUUUCCAAUGCAGCAGUUUCUGAAGAAGAGCUUGAAACUGAAAAAGAGGCCGAACAUCUGAUGGAGCAAGGUGGCUCUUGGGAAAAAGAAGAGCCGGAAGUCGUAGCCACACGAACUAAUACUAAGCAAUCACCUGCAAAAGUACAAUCAAAAAAUCAAUAUCCGCAUUCUCCGGAGACUUCGUCUGCGUCUGGGGAGCGAGGGCAGUUGACGGAGCCGUCUAAAGAAAGCAGCGAAGAGGAGGAGGAGGAAGAAGAGGAGGAGGAGGAGGAGGAGGAAGAAGAGGAGGAGGAGGAGGAAGAGGAGGAGGAGGAAGAAGAAGAGGAAGAGGAGGAAGAGGAGGAAGAGAGCUCUCCUCCGAGGCUGACAAAACCCCAGUCUCUUGUAGUAAGCAGAAAGAGACCUUUUAUCCUAAAGAAGAAAAGGGGUCGUAAGCGAAGGAGGAUCAACAGCAGUGUCACCACAGAAACAAUUUCUGAAACUACCGAAGUACUGAAUGAGCCAUUUGAAAAUUCAGAUGAAGAGAGGCCUAUGCCGCAGCUGGAGCCUACCUGUGAAAUCGAGGGGGAAGAAGAUGACCUAAAGCCAGUAAUUAGAAAAAUGUUUCAGUAUCAACCUGGGAAGCAAAGACAAGAAGAGGAAGAGAAGGAGAAAGACAAUCAUUGCUAUAAGAAUGAUGAACCAGGUAGAAACAACCCCGAAGGAGCAAAUAGUCUGAACGAUGUUACUAAAGACAAUCCUGAACCUCUGAGAUGCAAACAAGGUUGGCCCAAAGGAGUGAAGCGUGGCCCAUCUAAAUGGAGGCAAAAUAAAGAAAGGAAGAUGGGUUUUAAACUUAAUUUAUACACACCCCCUGAGACUCCAAUGGAACCCGACUGCCAGGUGACAGUAGAAGAACAGAAAGAAGCUUCUGAAGAGAAACCAUGCCAGAUUCCUGUUGUAGCAGAGGAGGCCAUUAAAGAAUCAUCUCUUCCACCUGUACAACCCCAAGAUGAAAAUGGAGAAGAGAUAUCCGCGCCUCCAAGCCCUAACAAAAUAACUUUUGAAAAAUCCGAGAAUGGUGUAGCAACCAAAGCGGAGGAAGAGGAAGAAGAGGAGGAGGAGGAGGAGGAAGGAGAGGGGGAGGAGGAAGAAGUAGAGGAAGAGGAGGAGGAGGAGGAGGAGGAAGAAGAGGAGGAAGAGAGAGAAGGAGAUGCAGAGAGCGACAACACCAAAAGUCAGGAAAAAGACCAACCAGAAACCUGUGCCGAAAAAAAAGACCCCGCGGCCAUCGAUGAUCACGAAGAGGAAGAAGAAGAGGACGAAGAGCCAUCCCACAACGAAGAUCACGACGCAGAUGACGAAGACGAUGGUCACAUGGACCCGGCCGAAGCCGAGAAGGAAGAGCUUGCAGGAGAAGCUUUCAAGGAAGCUCUGGAGAAUCAGGAGACUUUUUUAGACCUAAGCGUUCAAACUGGUAAUUCCAAACCGGAGGAGUUAAUCGACUGUGGUGUUGACCUUUCGGCGCCCCGUACCGGCGAGUCAAAGGAGGGUGCCGCCGACGCGGAAGAUGUGCCCGGACCCGACGAGGAAGAUGUAGAACGGAGAGCCGACCGGGAUCGGAAAGAUAGCGAGGAAUUAAAUCCUGAAUUCAAAGGAGAAGCUACCGAAACUAUGGAGCUAGACUCGGAGACCGCCCAAGCCGUUCAGUCCCUGACCCAGGAAAACGGCGAACAGGAUGAUACUUUUCAAGAUUGUUCGGAGACGCAGGCGGCCUGUAGAAGUCUCCAGAACUACACGCGUGCCGACCAGAGUCCCCAGAUCUCCGCCCUGGAUGACUGCCAGCAGUCUGACCACAGCAGCCCCGUUUCGUCCGUACAUUCGCAGCCCGGUCAGUCCGCGCGCUCCGUAAGUAGCCCGACGGUUCCUACGUUAGAGAACGGCUACGCUCAGAUCAGCCCAGAUCAGAGCGCCAUCUCCGUGCCCUCCCUCCAGAACAUGGAGACCAGUCCGAUGAUGGACGUCCCCUCGGUCUCCGAUCACUCCCAGCAAGUCGUCGACAGCGGGUUCAGCGAUCUGGGCAGCAUCGAGAGCACGACCGAAAACUACGAGAACCCGAGCAGUUACGAUUCCACCAUGGGAGGGAGUAUCUGUGGCAAUAAUUCUUCCCAGAACAGCUGCUCGUUCAGCAGUCUCACGAGCAGCAACCUGACGCAGAGUAGCUGCGCCGUCACCCAGCAGAUGUCCAGCAUCAACGGGAGCUGCAGCAUGAUGCAGCAGACGGGCAUCGGCUCUCCCCCGACCUGUAACGUCAAGUCUCCCCAGGGUUGCGUGGCGGAGAGGCCUCCGAGUGGCAGUCAGCAGUUGCCGCAGUGCAGCAUGGCCGCUAAUUUUACCCCGCCCAUGCAGCUGGCCGAGAUCCCCGAGACGGGCGGCGCCAACGUCGGCCUCUACGAGCGGAUGGGGCAGGGCGAAUUCGGGCCGGGCCAUUACCCGCAGCCCUCGGCCACCUUCAGCCUCGCCAAACUGCAGCAGUUGACCAAUACGCUUAUCGAUCAUUCGUUGCCUUACAGCCAUUCCGCUGCUGUAACUUCCUAUGCAAACAGUGCCUCUCUGCCCACCCCUCUAAGUAACGCGGGACUCGUUCAGCUCUCUCAAUCUCCGCAUCCCGUCCCCGGGGGGGCCCAAGCACAAGCCACCAUGACCCCGCCCCCCAACCUGACUCCUCCGCCGAUGAAUCUGCCUCCCCCGCUCCUGCAGCGCAACAUGGCCGCGUCCAACAUCGGACUCUCCCACACCCAAAGACUGCAGACUCAGAUCGCCGGCAAGGGCCACGUGUCCAUGAGGACCAAGUCGGCGGCCCUGCCCCCGGCCGCCGCCGCCGCCGCCGCCGCCGCCGCCGCCGCCCACCAGUCCCAGAUCUACGGGCGAGCUUCCCAGGCCGUCGCCAUGCAGGGUCCGGCACGGACUUUAACCAUGCAGCGUGGCAUGAACAUGAGCGUCAACCUCAUGCCGGCCCCGGCUUACAACGUCAAUUCGGUGAACGUGAACAUGAACACGCUCAAUGCCAUGAACGGGUACAGCAUGCCGCAGCCGAUGAUGAACAGCGGAUACCACGGUAAUCACGGAUACAUGAAUCAGACUCCCCAGUACCCCAUGCAGAUGCAGAUGGGCAUGAUGGGAACCCAGCCAUACGCACAGCAGCCGAUGCAGGCCACCCCCCACAGCAACAUGAUGUACACUCCGCCCGCCCAUCACGGCUACAUGAACACCGGCAUGCCCAAACAGUCCCUUAACGGCUCCUACAUGAGGAGGUAGGCUACGGGGCCGGUCGGGAAACCAGACAGACGUAGCGGAUUGAUCUGCACGGGUAUCUCUGGAGAGUACGAUUUCAAAACCAGCAAUUGGUGUGAAUAAAAAAAAAAACAUUUGUUGGCACCAUUAAAAAAAAAAAAAGCUGUAUGCAGCAGAAAGCCUUAUACGAGUUGUUUUUCUUUUAUCUCCUUUUCCUUUUCGGUACCUCUGUCUCUGGGGGUUUGGGUUUUUUGGGUUUUUUUCGGUUUUUAACGAAGUUCUCUGGAAAGGAAGGCCUCGCUCUCUGGACUGCGGUUUCACAGCAGCCGACGGCGUGGAGACACUCGUUGUGCCUGCUCCCCGUCGAGGAAAAAAAAACAAACGUGGAUGAGAGACCCCGACAUUGUCCGUUUUUAAUACCGAACCUUGCUCAUUUUUUCCUCUCCUCCCCAUGUAAAUGCCUUUAGCGUUUCAGUUAUUGUAUAUUUUGUUUAAGGUGACACUUCAGCAUGCCGCUAAUGUCUUUGUUAGUGACAGUGCAUUUUGUAGUACUGUACAAGUGUUGUGCUUAACAGUAAGCCAUUUCUUAAGUUUUUUGCCUUGAUUAGGGGGCCCUAAUUUGAGGGUUAAAAAAAUAUAUAUUUUUGUUAAUUAUAAAACUGUAAAAAGCUAUAAAGCUAUUCACAUUUCGAUUGGUUGAAAGGGUUUUAUCGCUAAAUGUUUGGUGUAAAGUUGAGACCCUUUUCCAUUUUGGUGACAGAUUUCUUUCGGGGCGGGGGUGGGGGGGCGGGAAAAAGGCAGCUUUCUGUUUUAUAAAUGCAGACUUCUGUUUAUUGAAUGAAGCAUAUCUCAGUGUUUAUCUGUCAAGUUUGGAAACAUCUCCCUAUAUGUCAAAUACUUGGCAGGGUUUAAAAAAUAGUGAAUUUGGUGUAAAGUUGCUAUUUUAUGGAAAUGCCUCUAACUUUACAUUUUCAUUCCAUCUGUAGAUUUUUCUAUCUUUAUAAAAUAUUGGAGUUAUUUUUUAAGGAAAAAUAGAGGAGCAGUAGCUUGUGAAUAGCUCGAACUCAGCUUACGAACCGCAUGUAAAAAAGCAGAAGUUAUUUGUGUCUGUUUAUAUUGCUUCCUUUUUGUAGCCUUUGUACCUGUACAGGGUGACUGUAAGGGCCAAGCAGAAGAGGCAAAAUCCAUGUAUAAAAUAGAACCCAGUGACACUCUUGUAUUUAUCUGUUAUCUUUUUAGUCAGUCACUUCAAAAAAAAAAAGCUGUACAUUUUAACAUAAAAUAAAUUAUGAUGAGCCAUUUUUAGCCUCUUGCGUCUUGUCAUAUUCUGGUGUUUAAAAGAGAACUGCCAACUCAAUUGUACUGCUUGUGGCACCUCUCUGUGGCUUAAAAAUGACCUUCAUUGCAGAACACACACCUUUUGGGAAAAUAAAUUAUUUAGGAUAAGUUUUUUUAAUAAAGUAAGAAUUAUCUCAAAUCAUGAAAAUGCCAAAUAAAAUAUCUAUUUAAUUUAUUUUAAUGCUCUUUCAUGAAAAGCUUUAUUUUAUGCUAGCCCAUACCUUCUAUAUGCUAGUCAUUGUCUUAAAAAUAAAGUUACUUUAUUUUCUUUCUUUUGGACUAUGAUCUUCAUUUGCAACGGAAAUCUGUACAAAUAUAAAGCAUUCAAAUGCCUCCAUUUGUACAGCCAGUGUAAAUGCACAUAACAGUUAAAUUGCAACACCUUCAUUUUGACAAUGAUCUGUAAAUUGCUUCCAGAGAAAUUAACCAUUUUUUGUCUCCUGAGAAAAAAAAAAGCAUUCCUCAUGACUCUGUAAUGAUGUAACGUCAGAUUUUUAACAAAUGAUUAAAAGAGAAAUAAACUGUU